AUGGUUCACAAUAUUGAUUUAUUUUGCAAUCACAGCAAUUCUAUAGACUUCAAAAUUAAUUUCGCUGAUAUACAAAAAAAUGUGAGUCGCUUUGACGAGGAUGUAUUAGAUGCAAGCUUUGUUAUCGUGUGGGAAACUGCAGUUAUGCCGCUUUCAAAGGGCGAAAGAAUUUUGUUUUUUGUUCUUACCACUAUCAUCUGUACGGUCGCAUAUUUGGGGAAUGUUUUGGUCCUUUAUGUGAAUUUUACCAGGAAACAGAGAUUGCUCUUCCGUACUUGCUUAAUAUCACUUGCCGUCAGUGAUAUAAUGUAUGUGCAAGUUACUUCUGUAGUUUAUUUACCGAGAUUGUUUAUUUCGCAAUCAGCUCUGUGGGUUCUUGGAUCGUUGGCAUGUGCAGUACUUCCAUUCUUGCAAACGUUAGCAAUUUUAGUCAACAGCAUAUUGCUUGUAUGUAUUGCAAUGGAUCGUUAUAUGGCUGUUGUAAGAAUAGCAAAAAGUCAAUGGGAACCAGGAAAAUUAUUUUGUUUCACCUGUUGUGUUCUCAUAUGGGGAAUGGCUGCUGGCAUUUCAUCGCCAAUGAUUGCAAUUUAUCAGUUCUACAAGUUGUAUGUAGUACCACUUCCUAAAGAUGAAGAUGAGGAACUUACUUACUAUAUUGGAAAUAUAUGUGCCAGCAGUAAGGAUCAAAAUUCGUAUUUCUUCUCAAUCAUUUUCUCAUUUAUAUUCGUACCACUCGUAAUAACCUUUAUAUGGAUGAAUACGGUCGUCGCACGAGAGAUUUGGAACCGUCGACAUCAGAACAACAAAGUUGUAGCAUCAAAUCCUACAAAUUCUAUGCCAUCGAUGCCUUCAUCCAUUCCAUCUUCAAAUGUAAACAGUCAAUCGAGUACGACAUUGAAUGAAAUGCCAACGGGAUGUUCUGAAAGGAAGCAACGUCAAGAACGAUUAUUCAGAGUAAUUCUGUUGUUGAUGUCUAUUUUCUUCAUAUGCCGCUUACCAACGUGGAUGUAUCUAAUUUAUCAACUCAACUCUAUGUCUACAGACCAUUAUUAUUGGCAUUUAUAUUUUUCGUUUGGAAAUCUCGCGCUUCUGAAUUGUGCACUUAAUCCAUACCUAUAUUCAUUCAUGAGUGAAACUAUUAAGGUUUUUUCGUUUUUGGGCAACAUCAUUCGAAGCUUGUUUUAUUCAGUUUGUAAUUUCUUCCAUAAAAAACAAUAA